AUGGCGAAAGGCGUCUUGGAACGUCGAUCCAGAUCCCCCCAAUCUCCUGUACAGCAGAGCAGAUGGGACUCGGAAAGUGGCACAGGCACAGAAGAUUGGACUCCUGAUAAUUCUGAGUCUUCAAAUAGCAAUAACAGCAAUGAUUUGGCCGUGGAUUUACUGGCUGAAGAAAACACCAAACCUACCAGAAGCUGUACGCAGGAGUCGCAGACCAAUACGCAUACUUCACAAGCAACAUACACUCCUUGCAGUAGCAGCCCCCACACGACAGACAGGAGGUGGAGAGCCCUCAUGCGCCUUCCUGUUGAAGAAUUCCUGAAGCUAGACAUCAUCCACAAAAUAAUCGAGAACCUAAGCGACGACGAUCUGGUCUACGUCGUGGAGCAAGCCCUAAAACUUGAAGAUCUCGAUUAUACUGUGCAAAAAAGGACCCAGUACGAGGUCAUCUGCACGUCCCAGAAGCAGCGCAUCGAUUUUCUCAACCACAACCUGCGCGAAGAGGUCGUAGAAAACCUCGAGUACAAGUCAGGUCAUGCAAAAUAUGCGCUGCAUAACAAGCUCUUUUUCUUCUGUAGAGAAAACCCAGAAAAGAAGAGCGAAAUGCUCCGCAACCAUCUACGUCAGGUAUCGACACUGAAGGCAUUUAAUGCGCUUGCUCGGCAGAUCUGGGGUCUCUCCGCAGAGGAGAGGGACAAGCUGGGAGAUGAUGCGAUUCAAUACAUUCAGCGGCAAUGGCCUCCAGUCCGGUGGUGA